CCUUUUCUAGGCAUGAAAAGUGAAGAGUCAUUGUAAAUUAGUGACAUGAAUGGAAGACUUACUAUUGUAAUUGUAUAUAGAUAAAGGGGAUGGGCAUUCAUCCACUCUUCUCCUCUAUUCACCUUUGACUAUUCUCACUAAAUAGAGUGGCACGGUGAGUGUUCCACUUCCCUCUUAGGCUUUAAUUCACCAUCGAAUCAUAUGAUGCAGGAGAAAAGGCAAAGGCAAAGGCAAAGUCGGAGAUCGGCAUGGGAUAAUCUACCGAGCACAGCUCUUGUUAAUAUAUUCUCAAAAUCCUCCCUCAAAGACCGCAUAUACAACAUCCCUUUGGUCUGCAAAUCCUGGGCUAAUACCUCUCGCCACCCUCACUGUUGGGCCUCUUUUUGUGUCUCCCCUCCGGUUGAUGCCUUUGUAAAAUCUUCGGCAGCUUUUCUAGGCCCUUUCGAUGGUAGACGCAGCAGCGAUCCCCAAAUUGGCAUUCUUGGCCUUCAGUCUCUCAUCAUUAAAGCUGGUGGUGGAUCCGCCUUGACCUCUCUCUAUUUUUUCCCUUUCCUCACUUCUCUUGAUGGCCCUCCCAAUGACGACGCCCUUCUUUCCCUCAUCGCUCAAUCCUGCCCCAAUUUGAAACACUUAUCAUUUCAUGGAUCCUUCAAUGCCUCUGAAGAAGUUUUAUUCCAACUUGUACGGAGCUGUCCCAAUCUGGACCUUGUGGACUUUUCUGAUUCACCAUACUUUAACCCCGCGAUUUUACAAGAGAUGGAGAUUCACUGUCCUAAUAUUAGAGGUAUUAGACGAAACGGAUUUGUGCAACCUCUUCUAUCAUCAAGCCUCAUAAAAUGCUUCCCAAGUUUGAAGAUUCUAAACCUUUCUGAUUCAAGCAUUGGCGACAGAGACUUGCUGACCCUUGUCACUGGUAAUUCAAGACUUGAAUAUUUGGAUAUUAUGCGCUGCCAAAGCUUGAUGCUCUAUAUGCACAUAAUUAAGGGAGCUCAUCGUCGAAUUGCUGAAAUUCACUAUGACUGAGUCUGCAAUUGUGCUGGUAGAUACCUAAUUUGCCUCUUAUUGCUAUUGUACUGCAUAAUCAGGCUUGAAUGUAUCAAACAGAUUUGUAUUCUGCAGAUUAACAAACAAGUUGGUGACCAUGUACUAUUUACAGUUGUUUGUUAAAAUAGAUUGUGGACUUGCAGCUCA